AUGUGUCUGUGUCUGGAUCAGCUGCAGAGCGGCUGGGAGAGCUGGGACGUGGCCACGGAUCCGGCUGCAUCUGAGCAGAGGAAGCUGCUGAGCGAGGAGGUGGAUAAAGCAGAGCACGAGCUGCGCGUCGCUCAGACCGAGUUUGACCGUCAGGCUGAGGUCACUCGACUGCUGCUGGAAGGCAUCAGCAGCACACAUCUCAACCACCAGAGGUGUUUGCAGGAUUUUGCGGAGGCUCAGGCGACGUACUACGCUCAGUGUCACCACCACAUGCAGGACCUGCAGAGGGAGCUCCACAGGUGUGAGUCCACUCCACGGAUGUAGACUGACCGCUGGGCAGUAUCAGAUGUGUCGCUGCUCUCGUCCACAGCAAG